GCUCCCCCUGCGGCGCUGGCAGCGGCAGGCGGCCCGAGCGCCGCUCCUCCCGCUGCCGGCCGCUGGUUGCUCUGCCUGCCUGCUGCGCGGACCGGGCUGUCCGGCGGUCUGCUGGCACCAGCGGGGCGGGGAGGAUGAGCCCGGCGGGAGCGGGCGGCAGCACAAACAGUAGUAGCCGCCGCGGCGGGGCCGGUCAGUGAGCCCAAGGGAGCAGGCGCGGCAGAGGCUGGGCAUGGCGCUGCCUGGGGAACGCGGCGCGGAGCCCCAGCCCGGCGGCUCCCGCUCCACCGCCGAUGAGGAGGAGGACAGCGGUGGUGGGGCCGGCGGGCAGCCGGAGGCGCUGUCGCUGGAGGAGAUCCUUAGGCUCUACAACCAGCCCAUCAACGAGGAGCAGGCAUGGGCCGUGUGCUACCAGUGCUGCGGCUCGCUGCGGGCCCGCGCCCGCCGCGGAGAGACCCCCGCUGCUAGGCUGGGGGCGGCCGCCCACCUUCGCGUCUGGCGGGAUGGCACCGUCACGCUGGAGCAGGACGAGUCCCACCGGCCGCCUCCACCUGCUUCAGAUAAAUCAGGCCGUUUACACUGCACAGAGAUGGAGGUUAUUGAAUCCCUGGGAAUUAUUAUAUACAAAGCCUUGGACUAUGGUUUGAAGGACAAUGAAGAGCGGGAAUUAAGUCCUCCACUGGAGCAGCUUAUUGACCACAUGACUAAUUCCACAGAAACAGAUGGGAGUAGGGAUGAAGGCUAUGAUGCUCUGGAUGAAGGAGUGGAGGAUGAUGAUGAUGACAACAAGGAGGAAGUCGAGGCCAUUCGUUCCUAUAAAGAUGUCAUGAAGCUGUGUGCUGCCCACCUGCCAACCCGGUCAGAGGCGCCAAACCACUACCAAGCAGUAUGUCGGGCUCUGUUUGCUGAAACAAUGGAGCUGUACACUUUCCUGGCCAAAAUCAAAAGUGCAAAAGAGAAUCUGAAGAAGAUUCAGGAGAUGGACAAAGAAGCAAGUGAUGAUUCCAGCACAGAUCUUGAUGACUUAAAAAAUGCUGACUGGGCUCGUUUCUGGGUCCAAGUGAUGCGAGACUUGCGGAACGGUGUUAAGCUAAAGAAGGUCCAAGAGCGCCAGUACAACCCACUCCCCAUCGAGUACCAGCUCACCCCCUACGAGAUGCUGAUGGAUGAUAUUCGGUCCAAACGCUACACCUUGAGGAAGGUCAUGGUCAAUGGUGACAUCCCACCUCGAUUAAAAAAGAGUGCCCAUGAAAUAAUCCUGGAUUUCAUCCGCUCCCGACCUCCAUUAAAUCCUGCCUCAGCAAGAAAACUGAAGCCAACCCCUCCACGGCCACGUAGCCUUCAUGAGAGGAUACUGGAGGAAAUCAAGUCAGAGAGGAAGCUACGUCCAGUCUCCCCCGAUGAGAUACGGCGCAGCAGGCUGGCAAUCCGGCCGCUUAGCAUGUCUUACAGUUUUGACUUGUCAGAUGUGCCUACACCAGAGGCUGGAAGAAAACAGGUGGAUGCCUCUGUAGUGAACGGUGGCCUGGCACCACAAGGAAAGCAGAACGGCGCCACACAAGUGACAGUGCAGCGCAAGAGACUCCUUAAGGCUCCCACCUUGGCUGAACUUGACAGCUCGGAUUCUGAGGAGGAGUCUGUGCCCAAAUCAGGAAGCAGCAGCAGCAUCUCCCCCUCACAAGCAGAAGACCCCUCUCAAGAAGGCACCAGCAGCAGAAAGGUGCCUCCAAAGUUCUUGCCCAUAUCAUCUACACCCCAGCCUGAGAGACGGCAGCCACCUCAGAGAAGACACUCCAUUGAAAAGGAAACGCCAACCAAUGUGAGACAGUUCCUACCACCUUCCAAACAGAGCUCCAGAUCACUUGAGGAGUUCUGUUACCCAGUGGAAUGCCUGGCUCUGACGGUGGAGGAGGUCAUGCACAUCCGUCAGGUGCUGGUGAAAGCGGAGCUGGAAAAGUACCAGCAGUAUAAAGAUGUCUACACUGCUCUCAAGAAAGGAAAGCUCUGCUUCUGCUGUCGAACCAGAAGGUUUUCUUUCUUUACCUGGUCUUACACUUGCCAGUUCUGUAAGAGGCCUGUGUGCUCACACUGCUGCAAGAAAAUGCGGCUGCCAUCAAAGCCAUAUUCAACUCUCCCUAUCUUCUCACUGGGACCUUCCACCUUGCAAAGAGGAGAAAGCUUUAUGAGGCCGGAGAAACCCUCUACCAGUCACCACCAUUCGCUGCGGAGCAUGUCCAGGUUGACAUCAAGGUCCAAAUCUGUGGAUAAGUCCCAGGAAGAGUUUCCCAAAGAGCUGAUGGAGGACUGGAGCACAAUGGAGGUGUGCGUGGACUGCAAGAAGUUCAUUUCAGAAAUCAUCAACUCGAGCCGGCGCAGCCUGUCCCUGGCCAACAAGCGAGCCAGGUUAAAAAGGAAAACGCAGUCCUUCUACAUGUCAUCGCCGGGAGCCUCGGAGUACUGCCCCUCGGAAAGGACUAUCAAUGAGAUCUGAGCCCUGUGCCUUUUUCUUUGCUUCUGUCUUCACGAGGUUCUCGUCCGUCAGCAAGGUCACUGAAACCAGAUUCCCAUUCCGUUGCUUCGUCUCACUCGGCUGCUGUGGAUUUGCGUUUGGAAGGGCGGCUCCCGCGGUGCGCAGGGGCACGGAAGGCUGCGCAGAACGGCGCACACCAGCUCAGCCGCUGCCGCUGGGAGGAAAGCAAAGGUUUGCCAUUGGAAUUGUUGCCUCUUCAGUGUGUGUGCGUGGAAACUAGGAAGCCUUUUCUUGCUUUCAGUUGGUUUUUUUUUAACCAUGCUUUGAAUCAUUCGUCAGGAGAUGAGCUGGAAAUGCUCAAAGGAGAGCCCAGUCUCCAAGUGUGAGUGUUAGCACAGCAGCCACCAGUAAGCCACCUUGGCAUCACCACCUGGUGCUGCUCCCGUCCCGGCUGAGACAGCAGAGGGGUGUGUCGUGCACCAGGCCCCCGGGGUGAGCGGCUGUGCUCAAAACCAUCUUUCCUGGAGCCGUUUGGGUUGAUCAGGGUUCAGCACAAGACUCCACGACGCCUGUGUCCUAGGGCAAAGGAGGCACCGAAGCUCUUUGCCCGUGUGGUUGGCCAUUCCCCGAGCUGCUGUACUUCUUUAAGCCUUAGUGUACUGCCAAGUGUCUCCUGAGCAGGCUUCAGUAGUUUACUUUCUAUCUCGAAUGUAUGACGACAAUGACUACUAGUAGCAGUGUAUUUUAGUAGUAGGCAGAGCUGUACAGGUGAUGGGAAGGAUGGGAAAUAAGGGAAGCUUCUCGUUUGAACCUAGCAGCUGGGAAGUUGUUCUGGUGGCUCCCGAGAGGGCAGGGUGGGUGAGGUGUACAUUUGUAUUAUAACAGAGCACAGGUAAUACUGCUCUGGUCGUGUCUGGCAGCAUAUCCACUGACAACCCCAUUUUUUCUGGGGUUUGUAACUUGGCUGUAAAAAUUGGUGUUCUGCUGAUAAUUUGGGACAGAGCUGUCCCAGAUUGGGAGCAAUCUCUCUCUUUUUUUCUCUACCCUUUUUUCAUUCCUUUCCCCUUUUUAAAUUCCCUCACAGAAGAAUGCUAGAGUAGUUGUUGAGAAGUUCCAGCAAUGCUACAACGUUAGUUGAUGUCUCAUGCUUUUUGGGUUUGCACUUUUCUUUUUAACAUUCAAAAUGCUUUUUUUUUUCUUUUUAAAGUUCAGGCAUUGGCAGAGUUUAGUUGAUAGUUUGGGGGGGGGGGGAGCAGAUCAUUUUUGGUGUUUAAAACCAAGCUAACAUAGCCAAGUUAUUAAUACUUGAAAAUCAACUACUGUAAACUUUUUCAUAGAUUUUUUUACUACCCUGAGGCAUAUUUAAUAUCUAAGUGGUGUAUUAUAGAGUGACAUAGCAGAGAAGUUUCAGAGCUAUUUAUUAACGUUUCUAUACUUUGCAUUAAUGAGAGAUACCUCAGAACUGCUCCAAAGUAGCUGGGGCCGGGUUUUGGUGACAUGAUUUUAAAGACCUAGCAAUCAAACCAGAUUCUCCCUCAUACAUUGGAAAGCCCAGGAGAAGGCAGACUGCCCCACUAGCCCUGGUGAGGCUCUGUGUGGAGUGCCAGAGGUGUUUGGCUCCCUCCCAUGUGGUGGCUGGGCUCCAGCCCCACUAUGAGCUGCCUUCUGCUGCCCAGGAGAAUAGGGCUCCCCCAUCAGAGUGUAUUUGCACAUUAUGUUGCACCCUUGGAAGCAGCCACUCAUAUCUUACCUUCUGAGUUGAUUUGAAAAGCACAUGGAAAGUCUCCUUAAACCUUCCCAAGGAGUCAUCCUCUUAUAAUGCCCCCUUAGAGAAUGAGAGUUUUGACAGGUGCAGGGCCUAUCAGAACACUGGGGUUCAUUUCUUUCUGAACUGAUGCAGACAGGAGUAGCAGGGCUCAGAGCUACAUCCCCUCAAAACUGUUCUGGCUAAGGUCAGCUGUCAUGGCCCUCUCCUCAGGGUUCCUCUGGGAAAAGUGUCUUGCACAUGAUAGCACCUGGUGUUGUGGUGUGACGCAGGGGUGUGGGACUGCAGGAGGUGAGCAGCUCGGGCAGGCUGAUCUGGCAGCUCUGCUGUUGCUGGAGGGGUCACCUGGUCUCAGUCACAUCAGCACUUUGUCUCGUUUCUGUGCCAAAGCCAGGCCAUGUGUGCUUCACAGUGCUUCAGGAAAGGGAGGCUGGGGGACAAGCUGACAUCUCACUUUGCACCUCCCUUCUUCUCCUUAGCCUUUUCUCCUGGAAACACCCCAGCCACUUGUUAGGAUUGCUCAGGCUUCUGCACUGAGUGCUCUUCCCUCAGCCACGGUGGUGCAGGGUAUCCAGCGUCUUUCUUUUCCCCUUUGAGAGGGAUUCAAUGCAUUGCAGAGCAGGUAAGAUGCAGGAUUAAGUAAAGCUUGAGUGUCUGAAGUGCUAAAAGACCCUCAGUGCCCCACUCCAGCCUGGCAAUGUCUGAGUGGCUUUGGGGAAGUGAUGGAGCCUCCUCAGCCAGGCUUUGCCCUCCCGGGCUGCCCAGCUGCUGUUGGCUCAGGCCAGGCUCUGCUGCAAUAAUGUGGUGGUUGUACAAACUGCCCCACGUUUGGACAGGGCCUGGAUAACAUCCCUGCUUCCCUGCAGAAAGCAGGCCGUGCUGCUGGCAGGCUGUGGCAGGCUGCAGAGAGGCUGCUUGGCUUUCCCCCCUUUCCUCUGUGGCACAGCUGCCCUGCCUCUCCCUGGCCUUUCGCUGUGCUCUGGCGGCAGCAGCAGCAGCAGCGGGUCGGUUUGCCAGGUGAGGGCAGGAGGAGCAGGGCUCCCUGGCUGACAGCCCCUGGCUGCUUUUAGCCUUCCACGUCUCCGCCUGCGCCAGCCUGGGGAAGCUGCCGCAGCCUGUCCUAGUUAGCAUGGGAGCUGCACCGCAGCGCCAGGGGUGGGACCAGAAGCUUUGUAAAUACAUGUACUAUAUUAAUGAAUGUUUAGAAAGCCUCCCUCAGUCAUGCAACGGGAAUUGACUCUCCCGUGGUGUGGUACGAAGGAAACGAGUCCUGUUUAUGUGUGUGCUGGCUGUUACCCUGAGGAGAGUGAAAGCUUUGGGCUCCCUAACAGCGACUGCCUUCCGCUCGGGCAUUCCAGAGUGAGGCGUUGCUGGUGAGGAAGCAGGACUUGCAGGCUCAGCUCCCUGACGUGCAUCUUUUAGAUUGUUUUGUUUGGGUUUUUUAGCUUCAUUAGUCUGUUUAAAGAAAUGAUAGGAAACCCGAUGCCUGUAGGGAAUUGGGCUCUGCCUCACGGUGGUGAAGGGAACAAGCAGGACUUGGCUGCAGCUCUCUGGCCUGAUCGAGGUGACAAUAGUGCUGGGGCAGGGGUGUUGCUGGGUUUCUUUCCCUUUCCCCAUUGCUUCCCUUAUACGAGGAGGGAUGCUACCUGGCAAAAAUAAGCUGCCUUUCCCUCCUAGCCCUUGUCUGUGUUAAUUAUUCAUGUGGGAGCCGGCUUAGAGCUUCUGUCGCUCUCCCUUUUCAUGCUCUUUUUCGUUCAGUGAGGUCAGUCAGACGUUCCUUUUUGGCAAAGAAUUGUUGAUGAAGAUGAUGGCCUCACAGCUGAACGCGGGCUGGGCUGCGUGAAGGGACAGAAAGGUGUCCGAGUACUCUUAGAAUAGCAAUAAAGGCACUCGUGUGACCCCAGUGCUGCCAUUAGCACCUGGUCACCACAUCCAGGCAACUUCCUCUGUGGCCAGUGCGUUGCUGCUGCCGGCACUGAGGGUCUGUACCUUGCCCUGUGUGUUGCUCAGGCUUUGGGAAGUCUCCACCCCUCAUCUUUGGAGGGAAAUGCUAGCAGGCUUUUGGAGAGGUUUUUCUGAUUGAUUUAGCUUUUAAACUGGAGGUGAAGACAACAUUUUUCUCACAACUGUUGAUGCUCUCUUCUCUUGCAAGCUCCCCUUUUUCUCCAGGCAGGUUCAGCAUCAGCUGCCACGGUUAGUUACUGGCUGCAUGCUCUCUAGAGGUUAAGAACUAAUUUUAGAAGCUCCAACUUCAGACUCCUGAUGCUACCUUCAUGCUUUACCUCAUCCAGCAGCUCUGUGCCUCUCUUAGGAAUGUUUCUUCCAAGCUCAGUCUCAUCUGUGAAACACUGACAGCACACAGGCAUGAGGGAAAGGCGCUGUGACUGUGCACUCUGAUGCUGCGGCUUAUGGGUUCUGUCAGUGAUACAGUUUAGAUCAUUUCUAUGAUUUCCCUGUGGGUAACUUGGAGCUGCUCUAAAUUAUUUCUUCUUUUGUACCUUAAGAGCAAUUUGAGAAUGUUUAUGAACAUCAAUUCCAGCUGUAAAGAUCUGUUUUGUUGUUUCUGUCUGGUUUUUACUACUGUGCUUCAGAUUUUUUGGAUAUCUGAAAUUAUUGUUCACCAAAGCUUCCUGGUAGGAAAACAACCAGAGAGGGGCAUCUGCUCACCCUGACGUGACACAUGGAGAACCUGUUCCCUGGCACCUAAGUCUAUGAGCCCUGUGCCUAUGGCAGCUCAAUAGAAUCCAGUACCUCAGUCCUCUUCCACUGGGAGAGCAGCACCUCUAAGAUCUAGCAGUCCCAAGAAGAAGGAGCCCAUGGCCCUCCCUGAGGAUCCCAGCACUGCUCAGUUGACCUGGUACAAGCUGUGAGCCUUUCUGUGCCACAGGGCCCCACCAGCAGAAACAGGGACUACCAAGUGUUUAAAGACCUUUGAGAGAUGCUGAGGAAGAGAUGAGAGUUCAGUGGCAGAGCUAGCAGGAUCUUGCACUGCAGGUUCCCACCAGCUUCCAGUGUCUGGAAACAAGUGAUACCACUUCCAGGUGCACUGAAAUCCAGGUAAGCUGAAACUUUACAACACUUGGCAAACAGAUUUGUGAGUUUAGCACAGUAGUCUACAUGCAGCAAAUGUGUUAUGUUGAAGGGAGAUGGAGCACAGUCAGGAGAUGGAGAUAACCAGUUAUCACAGGGACAUGGGAAAUCUUACGUGGUGAUGGCUUUGCUUAUUCCCACUAAACUGUAGUUCAGGUUUUUUGACAUGUCUCCUCUGGUUGGGCUGUUGUGCAGAGGCAGUGCCUGGUGGAACCCAGUGCUGGAUGCACAGGCAGCCUGGGCUCUGUCCUGAUAUAGUGACAGAAGCCACUGCAGUCUGCAGAGUUGUUAAGAUGGUAUUUGCAGAACAGUUCUACAGGAAACCGUUGGAGUAGACCCUUCUGUAGCUUAGGAAAACACCACCUUUUUAAGCAGAUAAGUCUUUGGAGGUGUCAGGAUGCUUCGUGUACAAUCACAGCUGGAAAAGACCUGUUCAAUUAUUUAUCCAUGUGACUAAAAAAAACCUUGCAAGUGCAGAAGGGUGAGGAUCCAGCGUGGAAACACCCAUUCCUGGCACCUCCCAUGCAGCUGUAGCCUUUGCACUAAGCUGUGGGUCCAGGAGCCAGCAAUGCUUUGGUGUUUGCAGGACAGGCUAUAGACUGGAUGUUAACUUGGAUUUCAGGGGCUACUUAAACCUAGAAUUAAUGGGCAUAGGCAUGAGUUGAUGCCUCUGCUACAGAAAUUUGGCUUCCCAAGUUUAGUGGAAAUAAGCAUCAGUGAAGUCAAUGUGUAUAUAUUGGGGCUGAAUUCUCAUGACUCAGCUUACAAGGGCAGGGAGAGAGGCCAAGGCCCAGCUUUGGCUUAGACAUUUAAGAGGCAGGUGUUCUAUUGCAAAGGCUGGUGGUUACAUCACCUGGGAACUAGAAAACAAAGCAAAGACACGACAAGUGUGUUCAAGCUGUAUUUGAGCUGGUUCUCCCUCCCCAAACCCCUCCUUUAAUAAAGGAAAAAAAGAAAAUCCCAAACAGGAGAUGCACUUUUUUGGAUAUGAAGAGGCCCAAAGCACAAACCCUUCUCCUUUGACCUUCUGCUUCUGUGCUGUCACUGUGCAUGUACCAUCUUUGCAGCUUCAGGUAGCCCAGGGGCAUCAGCCCUAACAGAGAAAGGCAAUAGAAUUGUCUUCUGCUUGUUUUCAUGUUAUGUGGUACUGAAAUGCAAUUUCUUGUUUAUGCGUUACUAAUAAAAAGCUCUUUAAAAUGA